CAAUAACAGGUAAAACUUGUCAACUUGCAUUUUCAAGGAAAAUUGUUCAACUAGUUCAUGGAUGCGUUGAAACAUGAUCGUUUGUUGUAAGAGGAAUGGCGAAAAAUGUUUUUUUGUUAGCUUGUUUGCACUCUUUAUGCACGGUGUGUCUGACAUUGAUCAAGUAUCGGUGUCAGGGAUAUCGGGAGAUUCGGUCACUCUACACACCGGUGUUCAAAAAGACCAACAAGAGAGAAUUCGGUGGUAUAAUAAUGACAAUCGCAUCGCUGAAAUCACUAGAGAUAAGAGUGUUACCUGUACAGAUGAUGAGUGUAAAGAGAGAUUCAGAGACAGACUGGAGCUGGAUCAAGAGACUGGAUCUCUGACCAUCAUAGAUAUCAGGACCACAGAUGCCGGAGUUUAUAUACUAGAGGUCAAAAACAACAACAACAACAUCAGUGAAAAGAACUUCAUCGUUGCUGUUCAUAGUGUUUCUGCUGCUGAACGAGAUGAAAUGAAGAGAAAGUCUGUGAUGGAGGGAGUCUCCGUCACUUUUUGUCCUCGUGUAAUAAAAACUUCAAAUGACGUAAUGACGUGGUAUUUUAAUGACACUCUCAUCACUGAAAUCACUGGAGAUCAGAGUAAGAUCUGUUCAGAUGAUGAGUGUAAAGAGAGAUUCAGAGACAGACUGGAGCUGGAUCAAGAGACUGGAUCUCUGACCAUCAUGAACAUCAAGACUACAGACUCUGGAGAAUAUCUACUACUGAUAAGCAGUAGCAGAUACAGCAUCUUAAAGAGAUUCAGUGUUAAUGUCAGUGAUUCACGUGGAGAACCUUCAGCACUGCAUCAAUCUUCAGUUGGUUUAACCAAAAUAUUUGUUCCCAUAAUGGUGAUAUUACUGGCCGUGGCUGCUGGUGUGAUUUACUGGUGUCGCUUUGUGAAGGGUAAAUCAAAAGGACAAAAGUAUGGAGUGGAGAUAGUAUUAAAGGUUGUGGGGCAAUCUGUCAUUUUAAACACUGACACUGAAGUACAGACAGAUGAUGACAUAAAGUGGAUGUUUGGAGAUAAAAAGACUGUAAUAGCUCAAAUUAAAGAAGGCACUGAGGAGAUCCGUGUACAUGAUGAGGAGGAGGAGGAAGAUACUGAGAGAUUCUUAGACAGACUGAAGCUGGAUCCUCAGACUGGAUCUCUGACCAUCAUGAACACCAGAACCACAGACUCUGGACUUUAUCAUCUUCACAUUACCAGAAGUGGAAAAAGCUCUUUCAAGAGAUUCAGUGUUACCAUCUCAGACUCACCUGAAACCAGAAUAAUUCUGUUUUAUCCAAAUGAGAUUGCUGAGAACAAAAUGCCACUGAUGGAGAAACAUCCAACUUCAGUAUGAAUGAAAUAUUAUUAUUAUAUUAUUAAAUGUUAUAUUUUAUAUGAGCCUCGAAAAUCAAUACUUUACAAAACUUUUUAGCAAGAGCUUUGUUUUACCUGACACAGUUUUGAUGAUAAUAUCAUGUGAUCUGACUAUUUUCUGUGCUUGAUUCAUUUGGUGCUUUGGGACAAACUUAAAUAACAUCAUAGAAUAAAAGAUAUUAAAACUGUUGAAAAACGAAUUAUCCAAUGCCUAGGAGUAAUCAAAGAUUUUAAGUGUGUGUGUGUGUGUGUGUGUUGAAUUUCUCUCCGUGAAAAAUUCAUGGAUCCAAAAUGUGACUUUCAUUAAGUGUUUUGAUUAUGCUGUGUUGUAAAUAAAAUACAAAUAAUUAAAAAACAAACAAACAAAAA